AUGGCUGAAGUAAAACCCCUUAGAAAAGCAAAUGAGGAUCUGAAGAAUCAAAUCGAGAAAUUGAUGAAGGAUUUUAACAAAUUGGGCGAGCAGUUGUCUUCAAGUAACUCAAAGACAAACGGUAAAUCAAAGCCAGCGAGAAGAAGAACGAGACAAAGAUAACUCAGUGCAGUUCCUUAGCGAUAAGUAUGAUGAACUGCUGGUAUCAAACAACAAUAAUAAAAAAGAAUUACAGCGUUUAAAUUCAAGGCUAAGUGAAAUAUCUAUUCAAGCAGAAUGUAUCGAAGCGGCGUUAGACAAUUUGGAAAGCUAUAGCUACCAGUAUAAUGUAAAAAUAAUUGGUGUGCACGAAGAAUCAAGUAAUGAAAUGUCGAAACAAACAUAUAUAUGUGUGAAACUAUUCAAUGCGAUGGGAGUUGAAAUAUCACUUUCAGACAUUGAUAUAGCUCACAGAGUCCCUGUACAAAAUUCUCGAAGAUCUAAUGAGCCGAAGCCAAUUAUAUGCAAAUUCGUAAGAUGUCUGGCGAAGGAAUCCGUCAUGCGAGCAAAAUCACAAACAAGAAACUUAACUUCAGCGGACCUUGGUUUCUCAUUAUUGUCAAAAACAACAGCCCAUAGAAUAAUGCUGUUCGACCACCUUACACCUAAACAACAUCUUAUGAGUAUUGUUGGGCAAAAAACUGUGUAG